CUAACAAUAGCAAUGAUAUUUGGGUUACAAAAUUGAUUCUUUUCAAUACUAGAAUUUUUUAAAACAUUUUGUUAGAAUACCUUACUCAAGUUACAACGUAUACGUAAAAUUACUACUAAAAAAUUUUAACAUAUUAAUAAUGGAAGAUUUAUCAAAGGAACAAGUACAACAGCUCCAAAUGGCAUUCGAUGCGUUUGAUCAUCAAAAAAAAGGCAUCGUAAGCACUGACAUGAUUGGUACUAUGCUUGGAAUGUUAGGUCACGAAAUAAGAAGCAGUGUGCUUUCUGAAGUGAUCGCUGAAUUUGAUCCUCAUGGUAGGAAAGAAAUAAGAUUUGAUACAUUUUGUAAUUUAGCAGCUCGAUUUCUUGAAGAUGAUGCCGAUGCAGAAGCAGUACAAGCUGAACUUCGGGAGGCAUUCCGACUUUAUGAUAAAGAAGGAAAUGGUUAUAUAACUACCGAAGUUUUCCGAGAUAUUCUUCAUGAAUUAGACGACAAUUUAACUCCAGAGGAAUUAGAUAUGAUGAUUGAUGAAAUCGAUGCAGAUGGCUCUGGGACAUUAGAUUUCGAUGAAUUCAUGGAGGCCAUGACGAAGUAGAAAUUUUGGUUGUUUAGAGGUGUAUAUAUUUUCAUGAAGAAAAAUAAAAUAAAAAAAUAGAAAA